AUGGAAUCCCACGAUCCGGAAAAGGCCCAGGGGUCUGUUACUCCUGCGGAAGUUGGUGGUGAAAGCGACCGAACGGAUAGAGCUAGCUCUGUUGCUACAUCUCUUGAGCAAACCGUGAAUCAGAACAAGGACGAAAACAUACGGCGUUUCUCAGUAUCUGGCGCAGGCCAGCUGUCGCUGGAGGAUGUCGCCAGCGUUCAAGUACGGAUCCGUGACCUUGAGGUAUCCGUCAACACGGCACCGUCUUGGUGGGCUCCCUCUACGUACACUCACCUCGUCAAGUCAAAAUUCAACACUGAGCCUGAUAUGAAGACCCUUCUUCACUCCGUCAAUGCCGACUUGGCCGCAGGCAGCCUCACCGCCAUCAUUGGUGGCAGUGGCUCGGGCAAGACGACCCUUCUCAACACCAUGGCCGAGCGCAUGGUCAGCUCCAGACUACACCAAGAAGGAAUAGUCACGUUCAAUGGCGAGAUUAGCGUUCAUAACGUCCGCCAUGCCUACGUCAUGCAGCAGGAUAUCCUGCUCCCGACUCUGACUGUGCGGGAGACCCUGCGAUACGCGGCAGAUCUUCGUCUGCCAUCGACUGCAAAGCGGCAAGAUCGGUGGCGCAUUGUGGAAGAAGUCAUUCGCGAACUAGGCUUGAAAGAAUGCGCAGACACAAGGAUCGGUAACUCCCAGCACCGCGGAUGCUCCGGCGGUGAAAAACGUCGCGUCAGUAUCGGCGUUCAGCUGCUCGCUAACCCAUCCGUCCUCUUCCUCGACGAACCAACUACAGGGCUGGAUGCCACAAGCGCCUAUCAGCUGGUUCGAACCUUGAAGGCCUUGGCGAAAAAAGGUCGCACGAUUAUUACUACUAUCCACCAGCCUCGGUCCGAGAUUUGGAACCUCUUCGAUAACAUCGUCAUCCUCACCAGAGGCAGCCCCGUCUAUUCCGGUGACGCAACUGAGUGCAUACCUUGGUUUGAAAGCCAGGGGUUUCCCAUCCCCGCAUUUGUGAACCCGGCGGAAUUCGUCAUAGACAUUGCUGCUAUCGAUAACCGCACUCCAGAGCUGGAGACGGAGAGUAGCGUACGCGUCGAAACCCUGAAGCGAAGCUGGGGCCAAGCGAGUGAGAAGCAAUUCUUACCCGUGGGCGGCAUCUUGAGCCAACCGAAUCGCCAUCACCGUCGCAUAUGCUCACAUGGCCACGACGAGAGGGCUGGAUUUUGGCGCCAGCUGCGAGUUUUGACCAGUCGAACCUUCAAAGUCACCUAUCGCGACCCAAUGGGCAUGACUGCUGCCAUUCUAGAGGCCGUGCUUCUCGGCGCAAUCACGGGCUAUAUGUUCUGGAAUGUUGGUCGCGACCAAGCCGGCAUCAGAUCUCGCCAGGGCGGACUAUACAUCACCGCUGGUCUGCAAGGCUACCUGAUCCUCCUGUUCGAAGUGUAUAGGCUCACUAUUGAUAUGCCAACAUUCGACCGCGAAAAUUCCGAAAAUUGCGUUGAUCCUCUCCCAUUUAUCUUGUCUCGCCGACUUGCGCGCAUGCCGACUGAAGACAUCCCUGUGCCAUUCAUAUUCUCCGUUUUGAUGUACUUCAUGUCAGGGUUUGACCGCGACGUGGGAAAGUUCUUCACCUUUUUCGCAAUCACUCUGCUCAACCAAUAUGUUUCCGUGACAUGCGCCAUGGCGUGUGUAACGGCUGUGCGACACUUUCCGGGGGCAAGCUUAAUGGCCAAUUUGGUCUACACUAUUCAGAGUAUAGCAUGUGGCAUGUUCGUGCAAUCCAGCAGCAUCCCAGUUUACGUUCGGUGGAUAAAAUGGACCGCUUACAAUUUCUAUGCAUUCAGCGCUUAUUGUGCGAAUGAGUUCCAAGGAAGCUUUUACGAUUGUCCAUUCCCCGGCGGCAGGGAUAAUCCUGCAUGCCAGCAAUACACUGGGCAAUACAUCAUGAAGUCUCUGGGCUUCCCAACGAAUUGGAUAGCGAGACCAAUAGUGGCGCUUGCCUCGUUCAUCGCCCUCUUUUUGCUUCUAUCCACCGUUGGUCUCACAUUUCUCAAAGUCGAAAUGACAAUUGCUCGCGCGCGAACGACUGAUACCGACUUGUCUGCUGGCAAGGAAAAGAUGACUGCACGCUCAAUUGGAGAAGUACGAGCCAUCGAUGUUGGUCUGGACAAAUUUGCGCUUGCCCUGGACAAAAAGGCAGCCACUGGCAAGCGUCUCCCUCGACGCCUGAUUGUCAAUCCCGUCACGGCGACAUUUCAAGCCGGUACUCUCAACGUCAUCAUGGGCCCGUCCGGUAGUGGCAAAACGUCCCUCCUCAAUGCCAUGGCGCUCAGACUGCGCAACUCUGUGGGCAACAAAUACCGUCCCUCCGGCAAACUGACAUUCAAUAGCGCGGUCCCGUCAGACUCUGUUAUCCGUUCCGUCUGCUCAUACGUAUGCCAAGAUGACGAUGCGCUGCUGCCAUCCCUGACAGUCCGAGAAACUCUUCGUUUCGCGGCCGGCCUGCGUCUCCCAUCAUUUAUGAGCACCGAAGAGAAAUAUCGUCGAGCCGAGGAAGUGCUACUCAAGAUGGGCCUAAAGGACUGCGCCAACAAUCUCGUUGGCAAUGACAUGAUAAAGGGUAUCUCGGGCGGUGAGAAGCGGCGAGCUAGUAUCGCUGUUCAGGUCUUGACGGACCCUCGGGUGCUACUUCUCGAUGAGCCCACCUCUGGACUGGACGCCUUCACGGCCAGCUCUAUCAUGGAAGUGCUCCAAGGUCUCGCAAACGAGGGACGCACACUGAUUCUCACCAUCCAUCAAGCACGAUCAGAUCUGUUCAAGCAUUUUGGCAAUGUUCUCCUGCUCUCCCGUGGCGGCCAUCCUGUAUACGCAGGCGCCAGCAGAGACAUGCUCGGAUACUUUGGUAAACAUGGAUAUGACUGCCCCAAAAAUACUAAUCCCGCCGACUUCGCGCUUGACAUGAUCACGGUCGACUUGCAAAAAGAAGAUAUCGAAGCAGAAAGCCGCGAGCGGGUAAAAAGGCUCGUCAAAAGCUGGGAAGAGCAUCAAGAUCCAACUGGGAAUACCCACGAGCCGCGACUGUCGCCCAUUCAUGAAGAGACUGAUGAACCCAACGAGAAGCGAAAGAGCCUAACUACCGGCUUCCAGAUCAAUGUCUCGGACGAAGGUGAACCCAGUGAAAAGUCACAAACGACCUCUUCCGGAGACAAGGGUGCCCUUGAACCUAGAGGUGCGUUCACGGCCAUCCCUCGCCGCUCUUUCAACCGCGCCAACCUGUCCACGCCUGCGGAGCUGGGAGCUCUCGUACGCAAGCGCACCUCCAUCGUCAAGGCAUUGCCACUUCUCCUGCGCCGCGCCGUCAUCAACACUCGCCGCCAGCCGGAGCUCAUCCUCGCGCGCACAAUGCAGGUAGCUGGCCUGGCCGGCGUCUUCACACUCUUCUUUGCGCCUUUCAAGCACGACUACUUUUCGGUGCAGAACCGCAUGGGGUACGUGCAGCAGCUUGGCGCCUUUUACUUUGUCGGUAUGCUCCAAAACGUGGCCGUGUACCCGGCCGAGCGCGACGUCUUCUACCGCGAAGACGACGAUGGCGUGUACGGCGUCGACGCCUUCCUGCUGUCGUACACUGUCCUCGAGCUGCCCUUUGAGGUGCUCAGCUGCCUCGUCUACGGCCUCUUCUCCACGUUUGCGGUGCGCAACCCGGAAACUGCAUCGCUUUACUUUGCCGCGUUCUUCGGCUGCUUCGGCGUCGUCUCGUGCGGCGAGAGCCUGGGCAUCAUGUUCAACACGCUCUUCGCGCACACCGGCUUCGCCGUCAACAUCAUGGGCGUCUUCCUCUCCGUCGCCAACGGCAUGGCCGGCGUGCUGUCGAUCAACAUGCCCGGAGCGUUCAACGCCCUCAACUACCUGUCGCCCAUUCGCUACGCCACGCGGGCGAUGGCCCCGUACGCGCUGCGCGGCGUCGACUUUCACUGCACCGCCGAGCAGGCUCUGCCGGACGGCUCGUGCCCGGUCACCUCAGGCGAGCAGGUGCUAGAGCUGUACAACUUUGAUGUGGAUCCCAACGUGAAUGCUUACUGCCUCUUGGCAUGCGUCGUGAUUUAUAGAUUGAUUGCGUGGGUGCUGCUGCGAGUGACGAGGGCUCGUUGGAAGGAUAGGAAGAGAGUAGAGGUCUGA